AUGUGGCACAAAGCAGUAUCCCUCACCCUCCUCACUUUAACCCUCUCAACAACCGCUAUCCCUCUCCCAUCUCUUAAACACGCAAAAGAAACAUCCCUCACAGAGGCUCAGAUCCUCCAAAUUGCGCCCACAUCAAAUACUUGCGAAAAUCCCCCAGCUGAAGGCGAAUGUGCCACAGCCUCCCAAGCCGCGAAGUUCAUCUCUCAGUCCUUCAAUACUUACGAAGUCUCCUCCAAGGCUGAACAGGCUGCUGUUAUUGGGCUUAUGGCGUUCGAGAGCGAGGAUUUCAAGUAUAAUAAGAAUCAUUUCCCUGGGACCCCCGGCCAAGGAAUAACAGCACGAAACAUGCAAUCUCCCACUUUUAACAAGAAAUACGCAUCCUCCAUCUCAGCCCUAAAGGAUAAACUCGCCGCUGUUGAGAACAGUCCUGCUGAUCUUCUUGAUCUCCUCCGUGAUAACGAGACAUACGAUUUUGGGUCUGGUGCUUGGUUCCUGACUACGCAGUGUUCGGCGGAUAUUCGAACUGCGUUGAAGGCUGGCACUGAGUCUGGGUGGCAGAGGUUUAUUAGUGAGUGUGUUGGGACUGAGGCUUCGAGUGAUAGGAAAGCGUAUUGGCAAAAAGCUGUUAAGGCUUUGGCUUGA